AUGCAUGCUAGUUGGAUUUCUACCUUACAAGAAUAUACUUUCUCUAUUCAGCACAAGUCUGGUUUAAACAACAAAGUUGCUGAUGCACUUAGCCGUUUCAAUAAUCAUAGUGCUCGCGAGUUUCUCAUUGUUACCAUCCGUGCUGAAGUGAUUGCUUUUGACUCUCUUAAGGAAUUGUAUCCUACUGAUCCCGAAUUUUCAUUACUAUGGCAGAAAUGUUCUUCCAAGCAACAAGGUACGGGCAAUUUUGCUUUACAUAACGGGUUUCUUUUCAAAGGUAGUCGUUUAUGCAUUCCUGAUGGUUCCAUUCGUGAACACCUUAUUAAGGAGUUACAUAGUAGUGGUCUUUCUGGCCAUUUCGGGCGAAUAAGACUAUAUCUUUAG